CUCUAUAUUUACCUCCUCGAGGAGGAGUUUGUGAGGUCAGACGGAGAAGCCGGGACGCUCAGAGGAGCUGAGACUUGAGCAGAAGAGCGAGAGACGGCUGAAGGUCGAGGAGGAGGAGAGACGUUCUGCUGAUCAUCUUAAAGGCCUGAAGAACGUGCCGCCGAGUGCUCUGCGAUGGCUACCAAAAUAGUAAGAGAGCUCGGGCAGGAGCAGCAGACGGAGCAGAUGUCUCACGGCGUGCAGAUGUCGUCCCAGAUCAAGAAGAGAAAGUUCAAAUCCAGUGAGGAAACGGCCUCUCCGAGCGACUUCUAUCCCAUCAUCCCCGGCGAUGUCAUGUCUGUGAAGGAGAUCCUGACCGGACCCAAGUUCCCACGCCACCGGACCUGGGAGGUCCUGAGAGAGACGCUGUCCAACGAGGAGCUGCAUGAGAGGGACCAGUGGACUCUGUUUGGGAACGAGGCUGAGAAGCUGGAGAUGAGUGUGAUCAGAAACCAGCGUGUCGUCCGUGAGCGCGUGGAUCGGUGCGCUCUGCGUCGGGAGGCCGAGAGGAAAGCAUCGCUGCACAUGAAGCUGAUUGAGGAUCUGAGCGUGAAGGCUCCUGAUUUCUCCGUCCCGCUGCGAGCGCACACGGUGUGGACCGGGAUGGACGUCAAACUGUCCUGCUCGGUUCAGGGCUGCCCGCUUCCCAGCAUCACCUGGUAUAAGGACGACGUUCCUCUCCGGGGAUCUCUGCCGUGGAACUACAAGCUGACGCAGAAGUUCGGCCUCCACCUUUUAGAGAUCAGGAGAUGUUCAGCUGAAGAUGCAGGAGAAUAUAAGGUCGUGGUGAGAAGCUCCCUGGGAGAGGCGGCGUCCAGCGCCAGGCUGACCGUCAGCUCACAUGAAGGAGCCGAGGCCAAAGUGAAGCGCUCGUGGACGCCCAAUCAAGCUCCAGAGCCGGAUGCUCAGCUGGCCUCCAGCUUUCCUCCGACGUUUGUUAAAGAAGGUGACGACUUGGUUCUGCGGUGCAGUUUCACCUCCGCUUUACUGCCGUUCCAACAAGAUGUGACUUGGUACAGAGACGGGCUGGCGUUGCGUCGGUCCAGCCGCGUGGAGCUGCAGACGGGUCUGCGAUCGGCCGGUCUGACCCUGAAGAGAGCGCACAAGGAACAUGAAGGCCUGUACAGUGUCCGUCUGCGCACCUGGGACGGGACGGUCGAGCACAGGGCCUACGUCUAUGUCAAAGAUGGACCGGCGGUUGUGCUCGGAGCUCCAGGUUCUCCUCUACAGCUGCAGUGCUCUGAUCUGAACCGGGAUUACGUCUUCCUCUCGUGGAUUCCUCCCAGCGCAGACGGAGCCGCUGCGGUGCAGGGUUACUUCAUAGAGAGGUGUGACAUCGGUGUUGGGAAGUGGGAACGCUGUAACGCUGUCCUCUACAGAGAGUGUCACUUUCCUGUCAUGGGACUGAAGGAAAACACAAUGUAUCAGUUCCGCGUCUGCGCAGUCAACCAGGCCGGCGUGGGCCGCCCGUCUAAACCCACCGACCCCGUCCUGACCUCUGACCCCCUGGAGCCCAGCAGGACUACGGUGGUGAAGGUGGAGCGCGGCAGAGAGAUUGUGAUCACUAAGGACCAGCUGGAGGGUCAGAUCCGAGUGCCGUUCUCUCCCACCGACGUGUGUGUUUGCGAGCUGAACGACACCUACGCCGUGCUGAGCUGGACCGAACCGGAUCCGCGGGGCAGAGAGCCUCUCACCUACGCCGUGGAGCGGUCCCUAACAGGGAAGGAGAGCUGGCAUCUGGCCAGUCUGGACAUGAACGUCCUGUCUGCCAGAUUUGCUGCGUUCGACCAGCAGAAGGGAAAGUCGUACACUUACCGCGUUCGUUCUAUCAACAAGUACGGCAUCAGUGAACCGUCUCUUCCCAGCAAACCCGUCUCGCUGGGGCUGCCUCUAGGAGUUCCCGCUCCUCCACACGGUGUCCUGUCCAUCCGAGACACCAACAGCUCAGUCCUGCUGAAGUGGAAGGAGCCCAAAAUAACAGAGGGCAUUGUGGGAUACUAUCUGUACUGCAGCGAGGUCGGAAGUGGACAGUGGAAGACCAUCAACAAUAAGCCCAUCACUGAAACCAGGUUUACAGUUGAUGGCCUGAAGACUAAUAAAGACUACGUGUUCCGGGUGAAGUCUGUGGGACUGGCGGGAAACAGCAUCUACUCAGACGAGUCUCCUGCCAUUCGAGUCAAAUCGGCGAUAUACGCUCCGUCCCGUCCGUCGGCCGUCGCUCUCCUGCGCUGCACCGGAUCGGAGAUGCUGAUUGGCUGGAGAGCCCCGGCCAAUCACGGAGGAGAUCCCGUGCGCGGCUACUACCUGGACCAGAGGGAGAAAUCCCAGAGUUCCUGGAGGGAGGUCAACGUGAAAGCCGCUCCGGGCCGAGUGCACGAGGUGACGGGCCUUAAGGAGGGAAGCUUUUAUCAGUUCAGGGUCUUCGCGGCCAACGUUGUCGGACUGGGCGCCGCUUCUGAAGCCAGCGAGCUGUUCCUGUGCGAGCGCUGGACGACGGCCGAGCCGGGCUGUCCCUUUGACCUGGAGUUUAGAGAGGUGAGGCGGAGCUCUCUGGUGCUGAUGUGGGCGGAGCCUCUGUACAAGGGCCAAUCGGAGAUCAGCGGGUAUGUGGUGGAGAUCAGUGAGGGGGCGGAGUCUGAGGAUUGGACCCCCGUCGCGAGCGGGCCGGUGACGGAAACUCACUUGAAGGUCCCAGGUCUUCAGGAGGGUCAGACGUACCGUCUCCGCGUGUCUGCCGUUAACGCGGCUGGAGUCGGCGCGUCCUCGGUGGCGUCGGAGCCGGUGCAGGCCCAGACUGAAGCAGGAACCAAAGAGAUUGAGAUCGGGGUGGAUAACGACGGCUUCAUCUUUCUGAGCUUUGAAGCUCCUGACGGCGCUGAUAAAGACGUCUUUAAGUGGAGCAAGAACUACGGCAGAGCCAUUGACGCCGGACGAGCGCGACUGGAGGACAACAACAACAGGUCUGUUCUCACCUUCUCGUCCGCCUCGGAGCAGGACCUGGGUCUUUACACGGUGGAGCUGAGCGGAAACCCUGACGUCUCCUCGAGCUUCACCUUCACGGCAGAGGAUCUGGAGAGGCUGACAGAACUCAGCUGGCAUGUCAGAAACCCCCGACUCGUCUCUCUCUCUCGACAGGGCCCUCUCUCUCUGGUGGAGAUCCUGUUUGAUCAGAUAUCUCUCUCUCGAGGAUCGUCAGCUCAGCUCUCUCUCGGCCGGGCCAAGAACCAGGUCACGCUGGUGUUCGUGGAUAAGAAGUUUCAGGACAUUCUGGCCAAAUCUGAGGCCAACAGACGAAACUGGAAGAGAAAGUCGGGUCCUCAUUUCGAGGAGUUUUUGUCAUGGACGGUGACUUCAGAUUGUGAGAUGAUUCUGAAGUGCAAGGUCACUAACAUGAGCAAAGACACGCGGGUCACCUGGUAUAAGGACGGACUGGAGCUGACUCAGGUGGUGUCUGAACCCUCGGGUGUCAGCAGCUUCACUGUCCAGCAGGUGACGAGGAAGGAGCUGGGUCUGUACAGAGCUGUAGUGAAGGACAGCCGAGGAGAAGAUGAGAGCGUCCUGCAGCUCAUAGAUGAGGAGUUCGAGCGUGUCCUGCAGCAGCUCAGUAAACAGUGUGCGCUCUCUGCUGGUCCGGUGUGUAUUCAGUGCACCGCUCAGGGAUUCAAGCUCUACUGCUCCCUUAAAUACUACCUCAACUACAUCAAGACCAGCUGGCACUUCAAAGAGCAGAGGAUUGACCUGCAGGAGCGGACCAAGCCGGGCAGCAGCAUGCAGAAGGUUUGGGUUGAGAUAUUCAGCCCCACAGAAAACGAUAAAGGGAAGUACACCCUGGAGAUGUUCGACGGCCAGGAAACACACAGGCGCUUUCUGGACCUGUCUGGACAAGCCUUCGCUGAUGCUUUGCUGGAACACCAGAGACUGAAGCAGGUUGAGUUUGCUGAGAAAAAUCGAGCGCGGGUCACGAAGGGUCUCCCGGAUGUGGUGGCGAUAAUGGAGAACAAGUCUCUGUGUCUGACGUGUUUUGCCGACGGCGACCCCGCGCCGGAGAUGUUCUGGCUGAAGAACGACCGAGAAGUGGCCUCCGCCGGCCAGUACAGCGUCUCGAACCAGAGCGGGUCGUCCACCCUCACCAUAAACCACGUGACCGCGGAGGACUCGGGCAACUACAGCGUGUUCGUGCGCAACAAGCACGGCUCGCAGACGGUCCCCGUGACGGUCAGCGUGUAUAAGCGCGGCGAAAGCCCUCGAGCGGACGCCGUGCAGAUGUGAAGCUGUUUCCGGUGAAAUGCAGGCGAGUUCGCUGCUCCGUCAGAUCUGAAUGGGUGCGAAUGGGUGCCGUCGGAAUGGGUGCGAAUGGCUGCCGUCGGAAUGGGUGCGAAUGAGAGCGAAUGGGUGCCGUCGGAAUGAGAGCGAAUGGGUGCCGUCGGAAUGGAGUGC